AUGCAUCGAUUGGCUUAUUUGGGCCUCGUAUUUAGCAUUUUUGGAGGAGUGAGCACUUCGUGUCCUUCGCAAUGCACCUGUGAUUCCCCCAGCAGAAGUGAUGGUACCGGCUCAAGGUUGGUGUUGUGCAAUGACCCAGAUAUGUAUGAGAUUCCUACAAACGUUCCUGUGGACACAAUGAAGCUCCGAAUAGAAAAGACUGUCAUACGAAAGAUCCCCACUGAGGCCUUCUACUACCUGGUAGAGCUCAAGUACCUCUGGGUGACUUACAACUCUGUGGCCAGCAUUGAUACCGGCAGCUUUUAUAACCUGAAGCAUCUGCAUGAGCUGCGUUUGGAUGGCAAUUUGCUGACUGCUUUCCCCUGGGAAUCUCUGCUGGAGAUGCCCAAUUUGCGGACCCUGGAUUUGCACAACAACAGAAUAAUCAGUGUGCCAGUUGAGGCCACCAGGUACCUGAAGAAUCUCACUUACCUGGAUAUAUCAAGCAACAGACUCACCACUUUGCCUCCUGACCUUUUGGACACCUGGACCCACUUCUCAGCAGAUUUAGUAUCUAGAGGCAUGGGCCUUCCACCAUCAAGAAUCAUAUUAGGUUUGCAGGAUAAUCCAUGGUUCUGUGACUGCCACAUUUCCAAAGUGAUAGAAUUGUCAAAAGUUGCAGACCCAACUGUGGUGCUUCUGGACUCCUUGCUAGUCUGUGGUGGACCAGAGAGCCUCACAGGGAUCUUGUUUCAAAGGGCUGAGCUGGAACAAUGCCUGAAGCCAUCAGUGAUGACCUCGGCCACCAAAAUCACAUCAGCUCUAGGAAGCAAUGUUCUCUUGCGUUGUGAUGCCACAGGGUACCCCACGCCACAGCUCAUCUGGACCAGGGCAGACAACUUGCCAGUUAACUUUACAGUAAUUCAGGAAACUCCAGGAGAUGGAGUCCGAUGGUCCAUAAUAAGCCUGACUGGAAUUUCUUACAAGGAUGCAGGUGAUUAUAGCUGCAAGGCCAAAAACCUGGCCGGAACAUCAGAAGCCAUUGUCAGUGUUACUGUGGUUGGCAUUGUCACCACAACCAUACCUCCUCAAAAGUCAGGAAAAAGAGUUGGAGCUGAGCAGCCUCUGGAAGAGGUCAAGCAUGUAACUGAAAAGACUACACCUAUAACUCCAUCCCUGUCUUCUCCAGCCACCUCUUCUUCGUUUUCUUCUUCCUCUGCUUCUUCUUCUUCUUUUUCUUCUUCUACUUUCCCUUCUCCCAUCAUCAUUUCUACCACUAUACCUAUCACCACUGAAAUAUCAGUGAACACCAAGAUGACCAGCAGAAAGCCCCCCAAGUCUUUCCCUAAUGGAAAAAGGAAUUCAAAGGUGGUGAUGAAUGGAAGCAAACUUCCACCAGCCAGUGCCAGCAAGAAAGAGAUAUCAUUAUUGAGCACUGCAACCAUCACUGAGCCUGGUGUCAUCAUAAAAAACCUCACGGUCUUUAAUGAGACCUGUGAAAGUGUGACCUUGACCUGGACAGCUGUCAAUGCCACAAAGAACAUUGCUAUUACUGUACUAUAUUCCAAGUAUGGGGAGGAGGACAUGAUACCACUAAGUACUGACUCCAGUGAGUCACAAAUUACAAUAGAUGGUUUGGAGGCUGGUAUGCAGUACGUGGCUUGUGUCUGUCCCAAGGGAGUCCCUCCUAAGACAGACCAAUGUAUCACCUUUUCGACUGACAGAAUGAAUGAAAAGGCGAACUCCCAAAUUUCUUUUCUCAUUGUGGCGAGUAGUGCUGCUUGUGUGGUUGUUUUGCCACUGAUUUUCUAUCUCUUGUACAAAGUUAUAAGACUUCAGUAUAAACCAAAGGCCAUCAGGGAAGAUGACCUAGCAAAAGAAACUUAUAUACAGUUUGAGACUCUAUCUCCCAGACCCCAUCCUGCACGGGAGCUCUGGACUCGAAGACGCACAGAUGAAUCAGAAAGGUUAUUGCUUUGUUCUAGGUCAAGUGUAGACUCUCCUAUGACCUUCAAAAAUGAGAGUUCAAGAUCAGAAUAUUAUUGCUAA